AUGUUUCUGCAGGCUGCUAUAAUUAUUUCGUCGAUCAUUGUUCUGUAUUCUCUUAUUAAGAAGUAUAAGCGAGCAGAAAAGUUGGCAUAUGAGGCACACAAUGCAGAGCUUGAGAAAUACUUUGGAAUGAAGGCUGAAGGGAGCCAGCAGCAAGCACUUUUGAAGCAAUUGACAAAGGCUGGGGCAACCUUCUUGGAGAGGGUAACAAAGCUUGAGAAGGACAUGGAAGUGCUUGGAGAGCUUUAUGAAAAUAGGAUGAUAAGCGAGGCAUACUGGGAGCAAAUGAACAAGGAAAAGAAGAACUACGAGCUGGAAAAGAUGUGCAUUGAGUCGGAGGCAAGCAUUCUCAAGCAUGGAUAUGGAGAUGAGAUAUUCAAGGAGACAGGCAAGGCCAGCCCAUCAGUAAGCACAAACAAAAAAGGCAAGCAUGGUAUGGAGGAUGUGCUUUACCUGAAGAAAAGAGAAUUUCUUGAAGCAGAGCUGCUGAAGAGGCUUGAAAGCAGGGCCGAUGUAGUGUAG